CUGGCAAUGUAUCUAAGGUCAGUCCGCCAUUGACAGCAAUGCCUCUCAUAGUCAUUCAAACAGUUUAAAAGCAAACGGGAAUCAAGGGAACCUACAGAGAGAGAGUUGGGGAGAGAGAAGCAAGACAAAGGCCAGCCGAAGAACCAUGGAGGAGGACAUCAGGAGAAAAGGGAUGCUUUAUUUUCAUCAGCAACGCUUCGGCAAGAGAUGGAGGAAGGUAUGGUGUGUGCUGGUGGCGGAGAGCAGACGCAGCGUGUCACGGCUGGAGCUGUACGAGCAAAAACACUCCUCCAUCAAACAGGGCUCCAGCAAACGCAAGCCCGACUACAAACAGGUGAUCCGACUGCGAGAGUGCAUCCAAAUAUCAGAAAGAGAGGUAGCCGACUGCCCCAAAGACUGCGCCGCCUUUUAUCUGGAGACCUCAGACAAACUUUACGUGUUCGCUGCCCAGCAUUCAGAGGUGAAGGGCUGGAUCAAGAGUCUGUGCGAGCAGGCGUUCCCUGACACCAACGCUGAACAAAGGUUACAGAGAGAGAGCGGCAUCUAUUCUGAACCUGUGAGCAGUUCCCACGCCAGCGAAAUGCAGGAAAACUCACUUUAUGAUACAGCCGAGAGCGUUCGAGAUUUUCUGGUCAUAGCAGUGGGCACAGAGGCUGCUAAUCGGUGCAGUCUGUACGGGGAAUAUAUCCUCACUCCCCUGCCGGACUGCUUACACCUGAAGGACAUUAAAACUAAGAAAGUGCUAUUCAACUGGCCAUACUGUUACAUCAGGAAGUUUGGACAAGACACGCUGUCUUUUUCCUUUGAGGCUGGUCGCAGAUGCGAGUCCGGCGAGGGGAAUUUCGAGUUUGCAACCCAUCAGUGUGAAAGACUGUUCAACAUUGUCAGUACAUUCAUCGAGAAUCUACCCAGACCUUCCACAGCAAAGCCAAUCAGCCCUGACCAUGUAGAACAAAGUCUAGCUCAAGAAGCCACACAAGAAACGUACGACUACACCAUAGAUAGUCAGGCGUCUGACUUUUUACCUGAGGGGAAAAUGCAAAAAGCAUCAAAAAUGCUCAACCCCUCUUGGAGGAGCUUUUCUUUGAAUGCAAUUGAGCUACAAAGUGAAAGUCAAGUGACGAGCAUUGACACCGACCUCGAGAAUCAGGAACCCAUCUAUGCCAGAGUGUCAAAAGCUCAGCAAAAAGCCACUUCCCCUACAGACCCUCAAAUGCACUGGCAAAACCUGAGAAAAGCUCUCCAGCAGUCUGCAUCUUUCCGAGACUCAUUCAAGACCGACGCUGACAUUUCAAAGCCAUCUGAUUUCGCGAUCCCCCGGGAAGAGGGUGCACAUGAAGAGACGGAGGCCGCAGAAGGUUCGACUGACUUGUUGGGUGACUCCAUCCAGCAGUUAGCAAUCAAUGACGCAUUACAGGACAUCAGUGCAGAAGCAAUUUAUGUAGAUCCACAGGACUUCCAGGCCAGAGCUGAGUGGGUUGUCGGCAGUGUAUACGCUGAACCAGAGGAGGUCAUCAAGGCUAAUGAAAGAGCUCAUGAUGGGGCAGACCACCUAGUUGAGUACGACUUCUUCUACAGCCCUGACAUGGGUGCUUCGCAGGCCAUGGCUGCCCCCUCCAACAGUGUUCAAAGUUCAGAUAAGUUGUUCUCAACUUAUGACAACUUCAAGUUGAGAGGAAGGCGCAUGUAACACAGCGUGCUCAUUCCACAAUCAUAAAUUAGGGGGGAAAUUAUUAAUAAUUGUGACUGUUGAAAGCAACAUUUAUUUGUAUACGCUAAUGUCAUAUUAAAAUAUACAGUUGGGCGCACACGCACACACACACACACACAAAUAUAGAUUUAAAUUGUACUGUAUUGCCCUGCAUUAAAUUAUAGAAAUAAUAAUACAGAAAUAUCCAAAUUGGAAUAUGAAUUUAAAUUGUAUUGUACUGUAUUACAAAAUGUAACUAUAAUUACAAAAAUAGAUUAUAAAAUAGUUAUAUAAUAUAUAUAACAAUUUUACAAUAUAAAUGUAAUCAUUAUUUAUAUUUUAUAAUACAGUACAAUAUAACAUUUAUGUAGAGUAUAUACAAAUAGGUAUUUGAAUUGAUUAUAUUGUACUGUAUUACAAAAUAUAAAUAAAUUAUUUAUAUUUUAUAAUCGGGUAGCCUACAACAUAAUAUAGAAAUAUGUGUGAAUAUAAUAUAAUAAAAGUAGUGCUGUCUAACGAUUAAUCGCAUCCAAAAUAAAAGAUUUUGUUUAUAUAAUGUGUGUACUGUGUAUAUUAUUAUAAAUUAUAUAAAUAUAUACAUGUAAAUAUUUUCAAAAUAUACACUGCAUAAGUGUGUAUUUAUAUAUACAUAAUAAAUAUAAACAGUACACACACACACAUAUAUUAUGUAAACAAAAACAUUUAUUUUGGAUGCGAUUAAUCGUUUGACAGCACUAAAUAUAAUAUAAUUAAUAUAAUAUUUUCUACUUUUGCACUUAUAACUAUUAAAUAAAUUCAAACUUUCUAAGUUUAGAUUUUUAGGUAUUGUACAAUGUAGCAAAGUUAGCAUUCUUUAGGAAAAAUUAUUAUAAAGUUUUAAUAAGAAAAUGUAUCUUUUUUUAUACGCUGUGUCCUUUGGUUGGCCAUGAGUUUGGAUGGGGUUCCCUGGGUCUAGAACAGCUGAAAACCCCUGGUUUAGUGAAUUCGCUAUGCUCUUUUCUUGAUGAAAACAACAAAACCUCUCCUGCCAUUUCAUGUAUCAUGUUUUCCACUCCAGCGCCUCUUCCAGGAAAUCUUUGAUUGCUAGCUGGAGAAAUGUUCAUGAAAUCUGCUUGCCUGUAAUGGAACAGUAAUAAUUACAGUUGGUGGUAUACGGCUUGGACUGGAGGGGCUCUUUCUCUUGCAGACUGAUUUAAUUAACUGUGCGAAGGGACCUGCGGCUUGAAGCUGAUUGGGAUCCCGACCUGCCUGAGAAUGAAGAUGUCACAGCGCCCCAUUCGUCUAGUGCUGUCUGUCACUCUCUCCACUAAGAGGGACGCCUGCUGUAACGGACCAGUAGUGUGCAGUUUGGAGAGCCUUAACUGAAUUAAUUUUAAACUCUAUUGAAAAAGUGUGUGUGUUCAUUUAAUCAACAUAUGUUUCAUAAAAUAAAUUGUAAAAAGUAGUAAUCAUCCAUUACUAAAUAAUUGACUGUAACUGAAAUAAGAGUUAAAGUCAUUCAGAAACAAUCACCUUCUCUGAUAGGGGUCAUUGAUAUGUAUUUAUAUGCAUUCGUCAGUGAAUGAAACUAUUUAAUUAAAAAUGAUCCUGCAUGUAUUAUUCUACACCCACUGUAAAGGUUUCUCUCUGUGAGCUUUGGUUGAUGGCAGCUUCAAAUACUUGUUUGCUGCUCAGCGGUGACUUUUUUUUGUAGUUCCCCUUUUGAUACAAUUAAUUUGUUUGACAGAAACUUUCCUUAAUAAGUUCUAAAUCAUCAAAUCUUUUGACAGUUCCAUAAUCUCUGUUCAGUUUUUGAAAAAUAUUAAUUGUUUUCAUGCCUUUUGCAAGAUGUUGCACUAUUUGAUGCUUUUCAUCUUCAGGAAGAUCUUUCUUCCUCCCCAUAUCGCAUGAGAACUGUGACUUGCUUAAUAAUGUGGAACAACCUCUUUAAGUAGGUUUUCCAUUUACAUAAGAAGACCUGGCAAACUAUUGAACAAACCUGUCUCAGACUGAUAAAACAUAUGAGAAAUAAAACAAAUAAACACUUUAUAUGAAA